AUGGCUGAUGCUGCGCCGAAGGAGGAACUGUUUGAAUGGUUUGCAAGUGAGCUCGCAGCAGAGCGCUCCAACUUGGAGACCCGACAUAAACAACUACUCAAGGAGCUGAGCUCCAAGCUGAAUGUUGGCAAACUGCGGGGGCCCGCCAGCGCAUUGGAGGCUCUGCGCUUUGCACGGACAGAGGACUCGGACAAGCGGGCCCUGGACAAGCCCACUGAUGAGGCUCAGAAAGCAAUGAAUUUUACGGCUGCCUUGCCUGAAGAGCCGCCUGAAGAGAAGCCCGUGUUUGCUGCCAAUCCAGAAGAGGCAGAGAUGCAGAAGGUAGUGGCAGCAGAGGCCGAAAUGGAGGCUGAGGAGGAGACGAAGGCCUUGCACAAGAAGGCCAAGAAAGAGAAAUCCGAGCUGAGCAACACCCUGAGGAGAAAGAGCCAGAAGGCUGAUUACUUCGACGAAGGAUUCUGGUACAAGAUCGCAAGGCAUCCUUUGUUCGAGCUGGUCUUUGCCUGCUGCAUCAUGGGACAUGCAAUUCUAAUGGCUGCAGAGCUGCAGUAUCGGGGCGUCAGUAUUGGCAACACCAUCGGCUACCCUCACUUCACCGAGACUGCGGAGCAGGCCAUGCCAGGAGCUAAGACGGUUUUCGAUGUUCUGGAGUGGACCUUCGGCAUUCUCUUCAUGGUCGAAGCCGCCAUCAAGCUCUGGGGCUUGCGCUGCAGGUAUUUUCAGGAAGUCUGGAACUGGUUCGAUUUCGCUCUGGUGUGGCUUUGGAUAGCUGACCGGGCGCUGGAGAACCUGCCCUUCGAUACGUCUCUCCUCCGCUUGCUGCGAUUGGCACGAUUGCUUCGCCUGGUAAAGCUGGCGCGCACUGUUCAGGGAUUCGAUGCCCUUGCAGUCAUGACGACAUCGCUGUAUGGAAGCGUGCAUGCACUGAUUUGGGUCGCAGCACUGCUGAUCCUCGUACAGAUGACCUUUGCCCUCCUGCUGAGCCAGGUCCUGCUUUUCUAUGUCGAGAACGAAGCCGUUGAUCUGGCAGAUCGACAAGUCGUUUUCGAGUACUUUGGCAAUUUCACCCGGCCCCUUGGCCCAUCAGCCGUCGAACAAGAGGUCAAGCGAAACGAUGACGAGGAGCUGAGCAAGACUGGGGAGAACCUCAAGGAAGUCGCAAUGAAAAUCCUUCAACUGGUAUGA